AUGUAUUCUAUCAAUAUAUUUUUUCAUCUCGUCUUCGUCUUUGGAUUUCUUUCAAAUUUUUAUGUUCAAUCAUUUUGUAAUAUACAUGAUGAUGAAAUAUUGUGUAAACCAACUGAAUUUUAUCAUUAUAAUUCUUCAUCUAUCAAUAAUAAUAUUAUAAGAUCAGGUCAAACACUUCAUUUAACAAAUGCUUAUUAUUCUGGUAUUCUUAAUGAAAAUAUAAAUAAUCUAAUUAUUGAUGAUUAUCCAUAUAAAACAUUUCCAUUACCAUUUAUUUCAUCAUUAACACUUCAUAAUUUACAUAUUGAACAUACAUUUUUAAAUGCAUUUCCAACAUGGUUAUGUGCAUAUAAUAAAAAUUUAUCAUUUAUUGAAAUAAAUUAUUCACAUAUUGAAGAAAUAUUUGAACAUGAUUUAAAUCUUUGUUUAAAUUUAUGUACAUUACGUAUAUCAAAUUCAUAUUUAAAACAAUUUACAAAUUCUUAUAAUAUUGAAAUAUAUUUACAUUCAUUAUAUCUUAAUAAUAAUAAAUUUUUGAAAAUAUCUAAUGAAAAUGGUUUAGAUUUAAAUCAAUUUCGUUAUUUACGUAUUCUUGAUUUAUCAUACAAUCAAAUACAAACAAUUUCAUCCGAAAAUUUUAAUCAAACAUUAUCAUUAACAACACUUGAUUUAUCAUUUAAUAAUUUAGAAUAUUUUCAAUUAAAUAAUAUAAAAUAUUUAAUAUUAUUAGAAAUACUUGAUUUAAGAGGUAAUAAUUAUUUACAUAUAAAUGAAAAUUGGUAUGAUUAUUUACCACAUUUAAUAAAAAUUUAUUUUCCAUAUGCACAUUUUUGUUGUAAUUAUAAAAAUAAUUUAAAAAUAUUAAAUGAAAAACAUAUUAAAAAAACAAAAUUUGAUCAAACAAUAAAUGAAUUUAUUGAUGAAAAAGAAAAACAAUAUAAAAAUGAAAAUCAAUUAAUGUCUGUUUCGUUUCAUUCGGAUCAAGUUUGUUUUCCAUUACCAGAUCAUAUGACACCGUGUGAAUCAUUAUUUUCAUCGAAAUUUAUUCGUUUUAUUUUUUUAAUGAUUGUAUUUAUUUCUGUUGCUUCGAAUUUAACUGCAUUGAUUAUUACUUUAUUUCGUUUAAUAAUAUCAUCAUAUAAUCGAUGGUCAAUAUCAACUGUACUUAGUUCCAAUUUAGCAUUGGCUGAUUUUAUUUCAUCAAUUUAUCUUGUUCUUGUUGGUAUAAUGGAUAUACGUUUUAAUGAAAAUUUUUAUAUUAAAACUCAAUUAUGGACUAAUUCACAUUUAUGUACAUUAGCUGGAUUUAUUUAUAUAUUUGGAAUUCAGUCAUCUAUAUAUGCAUUAACUUUAUUAACAUUUGAACGUUUUUAUACAAUAUUAUAUUCAUUUAAACGUCAAACACCAUGGCCACCUAAAUUUACUUUAACAUUUAUUUCAUUAGGUUGGUUAAUAAGUUUUUUAAUUGCAUCAUUACCAUUAAUUAAUAUUAAUAAUUUUCAUGCAAAUUCAUUAUGUGUACCAUUUCGUAUGGAAACUAUAUUUGAUAGAUUAUAUUUAUCUUUAUUAAUUAUAUUUGAUAUUUGUUUUAUUGGUAUAAUUAUAACAUGUAAUGGUCUCAUAUGUUUUAAUUUUAGUAAAUCAUAUGUACAUACAUUAAAUGAUGCACGAGCAACAUUAAAAAUUCUAACAUUAGUUAUUGCAAUUUGUAUAAGUCGAAUACCAUUAAUUAUAUUUAUUUUUCUUACUUUAAUUAUUCAUCCAACUUAUUCAUAUAAUAUUAAUAAUUAUGCUCUUAAUUUUACUUAUAUUAAAUUAAUUGUACUUUUUUUACAACCAUUUAGUUCAUGUUUUAAUCCAUUUAUGUAUUCAUCUUUAUCAACAUUAAAAUGGAUACAUACAAGAACUGAAUUUGAAAGACCAAGAUCAAUAAAAGGAUCAUUUGAAUUUUCUCGAUUUCGAUCAACAUCAGUUGUUUUUAAUUGUGGUUAUCAUCCAUUACGUAUGAUGUCUAUUAGUUCACUUGAUUAUCGACUUUCAUCAUCACCAAAUACUCCUUAA